UUCUGAGCUGCUGGCCCGCCCCGCCUCCCGCUGGGGUUCCGCGCUGGGGCCGAGGCUGGGGCAGGCGCGCCGCGGCCGCGUGUCCUGUGCUGUCCUGUCCUGGGCGGGCGGGCAGGUCUGGCCGAAUCGCGUCGCUGUGCAGUGCGCCGGGUUCCCGGGAGAUGGCCUCUCGGUUGUCGCCCGCUGCUCCGGCUAUUGUCUCACGCGGGGUUGCCUGACUGCGGGCUGCGCACGCUCUCAACCGAGAGGACUUUUCUUUCCCCGGAGCUGGUCCCCGCGCCCCUUCCUGCCUCCCAGCUGCUCCGGAGCGCAGAGCCGGGAGAGGGCGCGGCGCGGAGGGGCGGGACGCAGCCGGCUGGCGAGGGGCCGGAGACGCAGGGAGCUGUGGGGCCAGUCGCCCCCGUCGCGGCCGGGUCUCGCAAGAGAGCCCGCGGGGAGCACAGGUGCCCAGACACCAUGCCACAACCCUGCAGACUUGACAUUGGCAGGAAGUAGAAGACGUCCUUGACUCCUUCGCCCCCAUCCUCACCAUGUCUUCGACUCAGGGCAAUGGGGAACACUGGAAGUCCCUGGAGUCCGUGGGCAUCAGCCGCAAGGAGUUGGCCAUGGCCGAGGCCCUGCAGAUGGAGUACGAUGCUCUCUCCCGGCUCCGGCACGACAAGGAGGAAAGCAGAACCAAACAGAACACAGACCCCUCUCUCAUCAACUGGGAUGAGCCCGUCCUGGACUUAUACAGCAAGCCGGCAGGAAGGCAGAAGGACCUCACGCUCUUACGCGGUCUCUCUGGCUCUGAUCCUACCCUCAAUUACAACUCGCUCUCCCCACAGGAAGGGCUGCCCAACCACUCUACCUCCCAGAGCUCCCAGCCUGGCCCGGAUCCCUGGCCCAAAGGCUCCCUGGCUAGAGACUAUCUCUACAUUUUUGAUGGUUCAGAUGGGGGUCUCUCUUUGUCCCCAGAACCGGGGGACAUAGAUGGCUCUUCUAAGAAACUGUCCCCACCUCCUUUGCCUCCCCGAGUCUCUAUCUGGGACACCCCUCCUCUGCCUCCUAGAAAGGGAUCCCCUUCACCCUCUAAGAUCUCCCAGCCCGAUGACAUUAACACUUUUUCGCUGGUUGAACAGCCUCCAGGCAAAUUGCUAGGGCAUCAGAUCCUAGAAGAAGAGGAACCGGGAGGUGGGGGUACGGGACGUGUACUGGGGUCUGUGGACUAUGAUGGUAUCAAUGAUGCAAUUACACGGCUCAACUUGAAGUCCACUUACGAUGCAGAGAUAUUGCGGGAUGCCACCAGGGGCUGGAAGGAGGGCCGGGGGCCCCUGGACCUUGGUAAGGAUACUCCUGGAAAACCUGUGGCCAGGAGCAAGACCAUGCCUCCUCAGGUACCCCCUCGCACCUAUACCUCCCGCUAUGCUAACCGAAAAAAUGGGACAGCUGGCAAGAACCACCGGAUUUCUGCUGCUUCGGUGGGCUCCCGGCCCCACACUGUCACCAAUGGCCACGAGUUGUUUGAGGUCUCAGAGGAGAGAGAUGAGGAAGUUGCUGCAUUCUGCCACAUGCUGGAUAUCCUUCGAUCUGGCUCUGAUAUCCAAGACUACUUCCUCACCGGAUAUGUCUGGAGUGCUGUCACCCCAAGCCCAGAGCACCUUGGGGAUGAGGUCAACCUAAAGGUGACAGUGUUGUGUGACAGUCUGCGGGAGCCACUCACUUUUACCUGCAACUGUUCCUCCACUGUGGACUUGCUCAUCUACCAGACCCUGUGCUACACCCAUGAUGAACUGAGAGAUGUGGACGUGGGGGACUUUGUGCUGAAGCCCUGUGGGCUGGAGGAGUUCCUGCAGAACAAGCACGCCUUGGGCAGCCAUGAGUACAUUCAAUAUUGCCGCAAGUUUGACAUUGACAUUCGGCUACAGCUGAUGGAGCAGAAAGCCGUACGCAGCGACCUGGCCCGGACGGUAAAUGAUGACCAGAGCCCCUCCACUUUGAACUACCUCGUCCAUCUGCAGGAGAGGCCAGUCAAACAGACUAUCAGCAGGCAGGCCCUGAGUCUUCUGUUCGACACUUACCACAAUGAGGUGGAUGCCUUCCUGCUGGCUGAUGGGGACUUCCCACUGAAAGCUGACAGGGUGGUCCAGUCCGUUAAGGCCAUCUGCAACGUCCUGGCUGCCGUGGAGACCCCUGAGAUCACCAAUGCUCUCAACCAGCUGCCCCCAUGCCCCUCCCGCGUGCAGCCUAAAAUUCAGAAGGACCCCACCGUCUUGGCUGUGAGGGAAAACCGAGAGAAGGUUGUGGAAGCCUUGACAGCUGCCAUCUUGGAACUGGUGGAGCUGUACUGCAGCACAUUCAAUGCAGACUUCCAGACAGCAGUGCAUGGGAGCCACAAGCAUGAUCUGGUCCAGGACGCUUGCCAUUUCACUGGGCCCCUGGCCUUCACUGUCUAUGCCACCCACCGCAUCCCCAUCACCUGGGCUGCAAGCUAUGAAGACUUCUACCUCUCCUGCUCCCUCAGUCACGGUGGCAAGGAGCUGUGCAGCCCCCUGCAGACCCGAAGGGCUCACUUUUCCAAGUACCUCUUCCACCUCAUCAUCUGGGACCAGCGGAUCUGCUUCCCAGUGCAGGUGAACCGGCUGCCUCGGGAGACGCUGCUGUGUGCCACUCUCUAUGCUCUGCCCAUCCCCCUGCCCGGGAGCUCCUCAGAGGCCAAUAAGCAGCGACGGGUGCCUGAAGCCCUGGGCUGGGUCACUACCCCGCUCUUCAACUUCAGGCAAGUCCUGACCUGUGGCCGGAAGCUUCUGGGCUUAUGGCCAGCAACACAGGAAAACCCCAGUGCCCGCUGGAGUGCACCUAAUUUCCACCAGCCGGACAGUGUCAUCCUGCAGAUUGACUUCCCCACCUCCGCCUUCGACAUCAAAUACACCAGUCCCGCUGGAGACAAGUUUAGCCCCUGCUAUGAGUUUGGCAGCCUCCGGGAGGAAGACCAACGCGUGCUUAAAAACAUCAUGCAGAAGGAGUCCCUGUACUGGCUCACUGAUGCUGACAAGAAGCGCUUGUGGGAGAAGCGAUAUUACUGCCACUCAGAGGUGAGCUCGCUUCCUUUGGUGCUCGCCAGCGCCCCCAGCUGGGAGUGGGCUUGCCUGCCCGACAUCUAUGCUCUCCUGAAGCAGUGGACCCACAUGAACCACCAGGAUGCCUUGGGGCUCCUGCAUGCCACCUUCCCGGACCAGGAGGUGCGGCGGAUGGCUGUGCAGUGGAUCGGCUCGCUGUCAGAUGCCGAGCUGCUUGACUACCUGCCCCAGCUCGUGCAGGCCCUAAAGUAUGAGUGCUACCUGGACAGCCCCUUGGUGCGCUUCCUCCUGAAACGAGCGGUCUCUGACCUGAGAGUGACUCACUACUUCUUCUGGUUGCUGAAGGAUGGCCUCAAGGACUCGCAGUUCAGCAUUCGUUACCAGUAUCUGCUGGCGGCCUUGUUGUGUUGCUGUGGCAAGGGGCUGAGAGAGGAGUUUAACCGCCAGUGCUGCCUGGUCAACACCCUGGCCAAGAUGGCACAGCAGGUCCGGGAGGCCGCUCCGUCUGCACGGCAGGGAAUCCUCCGCACAGGCCUGGAGGAGGUGAAGCAGUUCUUUGCCCUCAAUGGCUCCUGCCGCCUGCCGCUCAGCCCCAGUCUGCUGGUUAAGGGCAUUGUGCCCAGGGACUGUUCCUACUUCAACUCCAAUGCAGUCCCCCUCAAGCUCUCCUUCCAGAAUGUGGAUCCACUGGGUGAGAGCAUCCGAGUCAUCUUCAAGUGUGGAGAUGACCUUCGCCAGGACAUGCUCACCCUGCAGAUGAUUCGCAUCAUGAGUAAGAUCUGGGUCCAGGAGGGGCUGGACAUGCGCAUGGUGAUUUUCCGCUGCUUCUCCACUGGCAGGGGGAGAGGGAUGGUGGAGAUGAUCCCCAACGCCGAGACGCUGCGCAAGAUCCAGGUGGAGCACGGCGUGACCGGUUCCUUCAAGGACCGGCCCCUGGCUGACUGGCUGCAGAAACACAACCCUGGGGAGGAUGAGUACGAGAAGGCUGUGGAGAACUUCAUAUAUUCCUGUGCUGGCUGCUGCGUGGCCACUUAUGUCUUAGGCAUCUGCGACCGACACAACGACAACAUCAUGCUGAAGACAACCGGCCACAUGUUCCACAUAGAUUUUGGCCGCUUCCUGGGCCACGCCCAGAUGUUUGGCAAUAUCAAGCGGGACCGUGCCCCCUUUGUCUUCACCUCGGACAUGGCGUAUGUCAUCAACGGGGGUGACAAGCCUUCCAGCCGCUUCCAUGAUUUUGUUGACCUUUGCUGCCAAGCCUACAACCUCAUUCGCAAGCACACCCACCUCUUCCUCAACCUUCUGGGCCUGAUGUUGUCCUGUGGGAUCCCUGAGCUCUCAGACCUGGAAGACCUCAAGUAUGUGUAUGAUGCCCUGAGGCCUCAGGACACAGAGGCCAAUGCCACUACCUACUUUACUAGGUUGAUUGAGUCCAGCCUGGGCAGUGUAGCCACAAAGCUCAAUUUUUUCAUCCAUAACCUGGCUCAGAUGAAGUUCACGGGCUCAGAUGACCGGUUGACCCUGUCCUUUGCCCCCCGCACAUACACUCUCCAGCGCUCUGGCCGCCUUAGUGAUGUCUUUGUCUGCCGCCAGGAGAAGGUUUUCCAUCCCAACAAGGCCUACAUUUAUGUGGUAAAGGUGAUGCGAGAGAAUGCACACGAGGCCACUUAUAUCCAGCGGACGUUUGAGGAAUUCCAGGAGCUGCACAAUAAGCUGCGACUGCUCUUCCCUUCUUCCCUCUUGCCCAGGGGGGACGGCGUGUUCUGUGAUUUGGUGUAUACCUUCUUCCACCCUCUGCCCCGGGAUGAGAAAGCUGCAGGCACCAGCCCAGCCCCCAAGUCUUCAGACGGCACAUGGGCCCGGCCUGUUGGGAAGGUGGGAGGGGAGGUGAAGCUGUCCAUCUCCUACAAAAACAAUAAACUCUUCAUCAUGGUGAUGCAUAUUCGGGGCUUGCAACUGCUCCAGGACGGAAAUGACCCCGACCCCUAUGUGAAAAUUUACCUCCUUCCUGACCCUCAGAAAACCACUAAAAAGAAAACCAAAGUGGCCCGGAAAACCUGCAACCCAACCUACAAUGAGAUGCUGGUGUAUGAUGGGAUCCCCAAGGGUGACCUGCAGCAGCGGGAGCUACAGCUCAGUGUGCUGAGUGAGCAAGGAUUCUGGGAGAACGUUCUCCUUGGGGAGGUGCACAUCCGCCUGCGAGAGCUGGACCUGGCCCAGGAGAAGACCGGCUGGUUCGCACUGGGAUCUCGAAGUCAUGAGACCUCGUGAGCCCAGCAGAGCCCUGGCCCAGGACCCCAGGCUGGUGAUGGAGCUAGGGGAGAGGACUCUCCCUGCUUGACUUGUCCUUUACUUGUGAAAGGGCAGGGCCCUUGGCGGGCCUUCCGCUGUUCAGGUGGAUUGGGCCUCCAUGAUAGGAGGCAGGGAGAAUAAGAGGCUCUCUGUCAUCCCCCGCUCUGCAGACUGGAUUUGGGUAGGUUGUGAUGAGCAGCCCCUUGGAGGCUGUGAGGUUGCAGCAAAGUUUUAAGUUUACCUUGUGUCAAGGGAGCAAUGCCUGGUUUGGGGUGUGUGGGGUGGGCUGUAUGAAGUAGCAUUUUGGGGCAAGGUGGGUGGAUGUCUUUAUUUUUAUUUUUAAAAAAUGAAAUAGUAAUGUUGUCCUAACUGGACAGGAAGCCUUGUGAGAAGGGACUUGCAUAUGCCUCAGAAGGCAAAAGAGGAGGACUAUUUGGACUUUUUGUAUGAUUAAGGUUCUUAUUGGACUUUUCCCUAGGUGUGUGUUUGUUUUUUGUUUUCGUUUUUCUCUCUAUAGGAAUUUAUUUGGGGAGGGGCCCAGUGGGUCCUCGGUUAGAGCUCCUCCUCCUCAGGGGCAGGUCAGGGACGGAGGGGGAGAGCUGUGUGUGCUGAACUGAGGCCUGUGCUGCCAGGCCUUUCUGAUUUUGCCUCCAAAGGAGAGCGACGUGAUACCUAUGUGUGUAAGGAAGGGCCUUCUGUAUGGGGUUCUGCCAAAGGACCUGUAUUCAGGGACCCGUCCGUGCUCUUUCCGGGGAAGUUUUUCCUUUCAUCUUCCCCUACUUUGCUAGGACUCGCCCUGAAUACUGUCUUCUACCCCUCCAUUCUCUCGCCCUUCUGGGGGCCAUUUGGUCCCUGUGAAUACGCUGGGGGUGCACCCCCCCAUAGGUCUCUCCCUUCCUGUUUUGUCUGGUGGGAUAAAAUGCUGCCUUGGCCCUUCGAUUUCAUUUCACCCAAGGGCACCUGGGCCCUGGGAAGGGACCUCUAGGCUGCAGAUGCCCUUGUGGCCACCUGCUGCGUAGUCCUGGGACGCUUUUCACAAUACCCGCCACUCCUGAUGUGCUGCUUGUCUCCCAAACUCCAUUUCUGUCACAUUUUUUAUAAGAAUUUCCCUCAUCCGAUGGGGCCAUAAACCUAUUUAGCCUGGAACCAAAGGGAUGCCCUAACUGCAGGAAAGGGAUGUGGGGUCCUGUCAAAACUGUCAUUUUUCCAGGGGUUUUCUUUGGACUUGAGGAGGCUGGAUUGGAGCAGUGAUUGAUUCCCCUGGAGCUGAGCUGGGAGGGAGAGAUUGGGUCUCUCAUCUCUUAAUACUCAUCAUUCUGUGAAUUGGAAAUUCACUCUUGUGCUUUACUCCCAAAGGUUGUCUUCCUUGAAAAAAGGGAGAGACUUGGAGUUUGAUAUUAACAUUUUAAACCAGAAUUGGCUGGAUGUGCCCCAUGAUUGGGUAACAGUUAAUUGGGGGUACUCUGUGAACUGUCCCUCCUCAGCUUCCUCCCCAGCUCCAAGGAUCAGAAAUGCCUCCUUUUGCUGACUCAUUCCAGAGCUGGAGAAAGAACCUCCAUUCAUUGAAGCCACAGGGCAGCAAGGAAGUUGAAACUUUUCUUUUAAAUUAAAAAUGCCAAGGAUAUAGCUGGCUGCUGUGGGGAGGGGAAGGGCGUGGGGCACGGCGGUGGACUUCUCCAGAUGAAUGGACCAUAGAUGCAUUACUGGCUUUUUGCCGGUAGCUCA